UUUGCAGCUAUAGCCCAGCUACGCCCUGUUGCUGUCUUUGGGGCGAGACCACUCUGUAAAGGCGAGAGGUUUUUCUUUGCAAAUAAGAGUUUAAAAGGUAAAAGAAGACUGAUUUUGGCUAGGAAGAGACUUGCAGUGCCUUACUUUGCACAAUGGCACUGGGCUACGGUCUUGGUUCGUUGUUAUUAGUCGCACUAUUUCACUCUGUCUCGUCUCAGUCCAUUGCUGAGUUCCCCCAAGCAGUUUCAAUUUCUUUAAACAAACCCAUCACUGCCUCUUCAACCUGCGGAGUGACUACUGAGCAGGAAUACUGCCAAUAUGCUAUUAGCCUUGAAGACUCCAUAGAGCCAAAUUGCAUGAGCUCAGUCUGCAAUGAUACUUGCACAUUCUCCAGCACUUCACCUGUCCCCCAGGAUCUCCCUAUGCUAGGAACCUAUGGAAGUGGAGUAACAGACGUAUCAGGGCGUAGUGGCUCUGACUCUGCCAUCAAAUUUGCCAACUCUUUCAUUUCAAUACCUUCGUCAAACAUUUCCCAGUUUGGAGGGAAUGGGUUUACAUUUGCAUCAUGGAUAAAGCAAGACUCUGGCAACACUGGGUCUCUUAUCUCAAAAUCAAUAUCAGAUGGCACUGAUAGGACUUAUGCAAUAUCAAUCACGGAAUCAAGUCUGACAUUCAACUAUCAUCCAAACACCCUCAUCUCCGGCUACUCAACGCUGACUGUCACUGAUUCUGUUGAUCUCUCGUCUGAUUACUGGCAUCACAUAGCAGUCACUGUCUAUCAGAAUGACUUUGCAUUCUAUAUCAAUGGGAGCAUUGUUAAUGCAACUGGAUUGGUCAGCUCUAUUACUGAUUCUACUAACACUGUAUAUCUAGGACAAAUAGCUCCAGGCAUGCAGGCUUUUAAUGGGCUCAUGCAAGAUGUAUAUUUCUAUUCUCAAGCUCUCACUGAAAGGGAAGUACAGGAACUAGUAACUGAUAAUUUCCCAUAUCUGCACUUGAGUACAGACUGUCGCUGCCCAUCUUCACAUCCUGUCAUCAAUAGCCUAAGCUUAGACAGAUGCAUACAACACACAGGUGUUACGACUGGGCGUGGCUCCGUUGUUCGUAUCAAUGCAAACUCUCAUCCGGCUGGCUAUGCAAACGAUAAUAUUUACGUGACUAGUUGGAUCUCGGCUAUUGAUGAGAGAGAGGUUAACAUGACUAUGUCCCUUGUUCAAGGCUCAGCGUCAGCCUAUGAGUUAAUAUUUGUCUUUAUCACCUACGGCGCUCCUGCCCCUAAAGCUGCCAUAUUACAAAAGUCAAUUGAUGGAGGACAGUCUUUCGUACCAAUGCAGUACAUGGCCGAUGACUGUCCCUCUUAUUUUGGCAUUGCUAAUGACCAGCCUUUGACCUAUCCUGAUGACGUUAAUUGUAUUACUUCAUAUUCAAGUCGAACUCCAAUCAAUGAUGCCGCAGUUCGACUCAGAUUCCUUAAUCCUCAAGUUCGUCCUGGUAAUAUUAACAACGAUCCUGAGCUACAGGAUUUUGUGACGGCUGAUCACCUCCAGAUCUCUCUCCUUGAUUUCUUCACCGAUAACACGACGGCCAGUCAUCGCUAUUAUGAUAUAGUAGAGAUAACUGUGGCAGCAAGGUGCGCUUGCUAUGGACAUGCAUCAAGAUGCUCUAAUGACUUGCAAUCAAUUUGUGAAUGUGUCCAUAACACACAAGGGGAUAGAUGCAACGAGUGCCUGCCUUUAUAUAAUAACAAGCCGUGGAGAAGAGGCAUAUCAACUCAAGCAAAUCCUUGCAUAAUAUGCAACUGUAACAAUCAUGCCAACUCCUGUGUUUAUAAUGCAACGCUUGAUCCGUUCCCUGAUAGCUUUGAUUCAGGAGGUGGAGGUGUCUGUACCAACUGUCAAGAUAAUACAGAGGGCAGAUAUUGUGAGUCUUGCUCUGACGGUUACUACAGACCGGCAGGAGUCUCACCGUCCAAUAGCAGUCCUUGUACACCUUGUAACUGUCACUCCACUGGUUCCACUGGACCUGUCUGUAUAAAGGCCGAGGGGAUACCUGGUGAAGUGGUUGGACAGUGUCCUUGCAGAGAUAACGUGAGAGGGAGGGCUUGCGAUGAGUGUGCCGAUGGCUUCUUUAAUUUAACUGCUGGCUGCCAGUCAUGCCAUUGCAAUACUGAUGGAACAAUUGGUGGUUCUAUUUCGUGCAAUGAGAACACUGGGAAGUGCUCGUGUAAACUGAACGUCGAGGGACUUAGGUGUGAUCAAUGCGUUAAUGGUACACAAGGUCUCAGCAGUACUGAUCCCAAUGGCUGUUCUCCUUGCACCUGUAAUGCAACUGGAUCAAUACAGGGAUCUACCUGUAACCCUGAAACUGGUAGGUGCAGCUGCAAACCAGGAGUGACUGGCCCUGCUUGUGAUACUUGUCUUGAUGAGUUUCACAGUUUCUCUUCCUCUGGCUGUCAGUCUUGCACUUGCUUUGUAUCAGGAGCUGUCAAUAACUCCUGCAGCUCUACUGGAAUCUGUACUUGUUUGCCUGGCUUUACUGGCGACCUCUGUGAUAGCUGCUCUACUGGAUACUACAAUAGCUCUGGGUCUUGCCUACCUUGUGACUGUAACCCUCCUGGAACAAUUAGUGAGGAAUUGAAUCAAUGCAAUGAAACCAAUGGACAAUGUUCUUGUAAAGAGAAUGUGCAAGGAAGAGCAUGUGAUACUUGUAUCUCAGGCUACACUAACCUCCAAGGAUCAAACUCCCUUGGAUGCAGUCCUUGUGAUUGCGUAUUGGGUAACACCCAGUCUCUUGAAUGUGACCCGGUCUCCUCCCAGUGUCCCUGUCUCUCGUAUGCAACUGGACUGAGUUGUGAUAUAUGUCAAGAUGGUUUCUUUCCUAAUUCGUCAUCCUCUGGUACUUGUAUGCCUUGUGGUUGCAGUGAACAAGGAUCUCUUAAUUCAACCUGUAAUGAUGAUGGACAGUGCUACUGCAAUGGAUUCACUAGUGGCAGAACAUGCAGCUCUUGUGGGGUUGGUCAAUAUGGCUUUCCCAAUUGUCAAAAUUGUCAGUGUAAUUCCACUGGUAGUCUUGAUUCAGUUUGCAAUGUCACCAAUGGAGAGUGUCACUGCAAGUCUUUCGUAACUGGCAUGAACUGUGAUACAUGUCGCAGUGGCUAUCAACUCCUUCAAGCUGGUAAUCCUUUUGGAUGCUCAAAAGCUCCUGAAGGUCAAAACCCACCUACACUCCAAUCAAGGACGUCAAUCUCAAUAGACAUAGCCUGGAGUCCUCCUGAGCAACCCAAUGGGGUCAUCAACCAGUACAAACUAUACAGGAACAAUACUCUAAUUGCCACACUAUCCGAAUCAACCAGACACUACAAUGACACUGGACUCACCCCUCACACUACAUACAGCUAUCAAGUGGAAGCUUCUAAUGUUAUUGACUCUAUUAGGAGCAUUGGAUUUACUAUCCAGACACUUCAAGCUGCUCCACAAGAAGUGAAUCCGCCUUCCUUUGUAGUACUGAAUGCAACAGCAGUCCAAGCACAAUGGCAAGCACCUAACAUCAGUAAUGGAGUCAUCAUAGAAUAUAGACUGAUACUUACUGCAGUGGAUGGUGAAACAUUGGAAUCACCAAUGAACCAGUUCACUGGAUUAGAUUUUAGUGCUGUAAUUGAUGGAUUGGGCUCGUAUAGUCUUAAUUCAUUUGUACUUGAGGCUUGUACAUCAGCCAAUUGUGGUACUAGUGAUCCUGUGAGUGUCAGAACUGGAGAAGCUCCACCUGAUUUUCAACCACCUCCAAAUAUUAAUGCAAUAAAUUCUACAAGUCUUAAUGUAUCCUGGAAUGCACCCUCACAGCCAAAUGGAAUCAUUAUUAGGUACGAGGUCCGUCAGCGUGUCUCUCCAUUCUCUGAUGAUGGGGUACUGAUCAGAACCAUUGCUCCUCCAUUAAUGACAUCAGUGGUUGUUAGUGGGUUGGAUCCAUUCAUUUCUUAUCAGUACAGUAUACUGAGUUAUACUAGUGCUGGUGGAACACAGAGUGAUUGGAAUGAGGGAACAACAAGUGAAGAAGAACCUGAAGAUAUUGUAGAUCCUGUGGCAUUUGUUCUCAGUUCUACUGAGAUAGAAAUCAGUUGGAAGUCUCCAGCCACUCCCAAUGGGAACAUAACACAAUAUCAAUUGUUCAUUAGAUUCUCAAAUGGAUCCACUUCAAGUCUACAUAAUGAUACACAGCCAGGAUCAUACAAUGUAUCUGGACUCUCUCCAUUCACUCAAUACCAAUUCUACAUACUUGUGUGUAACAGUGCAGGCUGCACGUCCAGUAACUUAAUAGCAAGCACUACACUUGAUAGUGUACCACAGGGUUUAAGUCCACUAGUCAUUGAAGUAGGAGAGUUUAUAAGUAUAACACUGAGUCCUCCUGCAGUCCCUAAUGGUGCUAUUAUUGCAUAUAACAUCACCAGAAGAAGGCCCAGUUUGCUUCCUUCUCCUCUUGACAGAGACCUUGGCAUAUCUUUCCAUGGGACUGGCUAUUCAGAGUUCUCUCCUAAUUUUGAUGGCCUUUCAGGUGCCUCAACAAUCAUUACAAUGAUGUUUAAGACCAGUCAACCAAAUGGACUCCUCGCAUAUUCCAUUGAUGCAGCCAAGUCUGACAUAUUGGCCAUUGAGCUCCGAGGGGGAGUUCCCUGGUUUGUGUUUGAUAUGGGAACAGGUCCGGCUGCCAUAAGGAUAAACGAAAAUAUCACAUUCAAUGAUGGACAGUGGCACAAGCUAGUUGCAAGGAGGACCGGUAGGAGUGGUGCUAUAACACUGGAUGAUACAUACACUAGCUCUGGUGACUCCAUUGGCUCACACACUUUCCUUGGACAGCCACAAGUGUUUUACAUUGGAGGAGUACCCAGUAAUGCAGCACUUACCUCUAUUAAUGGCCAACUGAAUCCUAAUGCUACUCUUGAUGGGAGUAGCUUCAUUGGCUGUCUUCAUGGAGUGAAGGUUGCAACAACAAAUUCUGAGAAUAUUCUAGACUUUACUGAGCAAAUAGGCGGCACUGGUGUAAGCUCUUCCGGCUGCCCUAUUAAUAUAGAGGAAGGACCAGUUUCAUUCACUGGCAGUGGCUUCCUUGCUACAACUGGCCUUGCUUCACCUGGGUCCUCUUCAUUCACUCUCUCUCUGUCAUUCAGGACAAGAUCCACAUCUGGGCUAUUGCUAUUUGCCUAUGGAGUUGACAGUCACAUAGUAAUCGAGCUAAAGAGCUCUGAUGUUGUGCUAAGACUUAAGGGAACAGGAAUGAGUGAGAUUAUGGCAUCAACAGAUGGAAUCUCUCUUCCACAGGAGCUCUGCAAUGGACGGUGGCAUACUAUUCAGUUAUCUAAAGAGUCUGAUGGAGUUAUCAUGAAUAUUGACGGUGUCCUUGUCUCAAAAGCGUUCCCAAGUCUCAGUCUUGAUCUAUCUUCCCAUUUAUAUGUAGGUGGUGUCUCCAUACCGUCAGCUGCUUAUAGCGUGUACACUAGCAGAGUAACCAGUGAUCCUCUCUACCUUUUCAGUGGCUGCUUAAGAAAUGUCAUAUUUAAUGAUAAUUCCAUUAACUUGAAUGAUUUUGAAAGCCAGAAAGAUACUAGUUUUUUGGGUUGUGAGUAUUCUACUGGCUCUGUAAUGCCUUCUUGUGAACAAGAUACUGUAGUCUUCACCAGGUCUGCUGAGUCUACUGAAUUCAAUGAUUCGACUAUCAAUGCUUUUACUGAGUACAUUUAUCAAGUUAGUGUUGGUAAUUCUGCUGGGAAUUCUUUCAGUGGCUGGGUUGCUGUUGUAUCAGAAGGAUCAGCUCCACAAGGUGUACCCUCCCCUGCUGUGAAAGAGGCAGAGAGAUCUUCUUCGACACUUUCAGUUGCAUGGGAGAGGCCCAGCACUCCAAACGGACUCCUCAUUCGCUAUGACAUCACGGCAUCACCUAUCCCCCAGUCUAUAAAUAGGAAGAAAAGGAACAGCCCGUCUAUGGUCACAGUUAACAUUAUUGCUCCCAAUCAGACGCUAGAAGCAGUCAUAACAGGAUUAUCCCCAGCUACCAAUUACUCCCUCGCACUCACAGCCUUCACUGAUUUUGGCUCCUACACUGGCCCAGUUGCAUAUGGACACACACUUGAGGAUGUACCAGAUGGUGUUCUACCUCCAGUAGUCACUGUUUAUAGUUCUACCUCAUUCCAAUUCAGUGUAUCCCCUCCUACACAACCAAACGGAAUCAUCAUACUGUACAGGAUCUAUGUCGGUAAUGAUCUUGUCCUAUCAUUCCCUCCCUCUCAGGAAACUAUCAUAGCUAGCAACCUCUCUCCAUUCACUAACUACACUCUUCAACUAGAGGCUUGUACUGCUGUAGGUUGUGCCAAUAGCUCUGACAUUGGCACUGCUAUGACCCUCAGUUCAGCUCCUGCUGGACUAACCGCGCCUUCUCUUACAGCUCUUAGUCCGACCAGCAUUGAAGCAACGUGGGAACCUCCCCUUUAUCCCAAUGGAAUCAUACUCUAUUAUACUUUAGUGCUGACGUCUGAUAACAGUGUAUUAUUUAAUGGCACUGAUACUCGAGCUACUCUUACAGGCUUGUCUCCCAAUACUGUUUAUAGCUACAAAGUGACUGCUCAUAACAUUGCUGGAUCUGUCAGUAGCAAUGUCUCCAGUGUAUUGACACUUGAAGACGUACCUGAUCAGAUACGUCCACCUAUUGUGACUGUCCUUAGUGCUCGCUCUCUUAAUGUCUCAUGGCAAGAACCUUUACAGCCAAAUGGGAACAUAAUCAAUUACACGUUAUUGUUAGACAGAGAUCCUGUAUUCUCUGGGCUUCAGUUUCAAUAUACUUUAAAUGAUCUUCAACCUUAUACACAGUAUGAGGUAUCAAUACAAGCAUGCACUGCCAAAGGCUGCAGUGAGAGCAGUAGAGUCUAUCAAACUACACCCGAGGCACCUCCAGAAGGCUUUAAUCCUCCUACAAUAACUUCAGUUACUUCUAAUUCUUUUACAGUUCUCAUUAGCGAAGUGAGCAGUCCUAAUGGUCUUGUGUACUAUGGUCUGAAUGUAACUGGAGAGUUUCGAUUGGAUUCUGUGGAGCAUCAGAGUUCUUAUGAGACUCGUUUGGUUUUCAAUAGCACUAUGAUUGGAGAGAGUGUUGUUGUAUCGGAUCUCCUUCCUUUUACUGAGUAUGACCUGGUGGUUGUUAUUGUUAAUGUUGCUGGUGAUCUAAUUGGGGAUGCUGUCAAUGUUACCACUGAAUCAGCAGUGCCCGAGAAUCAAGGCCCUCCGUCUCUUUCUCUCAUUUCUCCAACAACUAUCAGGGUCUCGUGGUCGCCUCCUCUUUAUCCCAAUGGACUAUUAACUAACUAUACACUGAUACUCACACCUUUAUCUGGUGGUUCUACACUAUCAAACACAUACCCAUCCUCUGAUAGUCUCACUGCUGAUAUCAGUGAUUUAUUACCAUUCACUAACUACAGUGUUAGCAUACAGUCUAAUAAUACCAUUGGGGGCAGCAAUUUGAGUGAUAUCAGUAUCAUCCUCACUGGAGAAAUAGCUCCAGCUGAGUUUGAUCAUCCCACUGUUCUAUCAAAGACUCCAUAUUCACUAUACAUAUCUUGGGAUCCACCCACUAGUCCUAAUGGACGCAUACUCAACUACACUAUAGAGCUCAGUGGAUCAGAGACAGUAGAUACUCUAUUCGUCAACAGUGAAACCCAAUUGGUCUACAAUAUAACUCAAUUGAGCCCGUAUACAGUAUAUAAUUUCAGUGUCACUGCAUGUAACAGUGCUGGCUGUAUUGACAGUCCUUUCUUUGAAGACAUUACUGGUGAAGCAGCUCCACUGGAUGUCCCUCCUCCUACGCUGGUAGCCACCACAACAGGUUUUGUUAUAAUUAGAUGGAGUGAGCCAGGUCAGCCUAAUGGAGUCAUUAAUGAGUACACAAUAUACAAAGCAUUGCUCAACUCAUCGUUCUCUUCACUGGCCACUGUGGAGUUUAAUGAGACAUUCUAUUAUGAGGACUCUGAUGUUAUGCCGUAUACAAGAUACCAGUAUUAUAUUGAGGCUACUAAUAAUGCUGGCUCAACUGCUAGUCAGCCAAGAACAGUCACUACUGCUGAAGCAGUUCCUGAGAAUGUCCCAGCUCCUGAUCUUGAGCCUCUCUCCUCGUCCUCUAUUCUCCUAACAAUCUACCCACCAGGCACUCCUAAUGGUGUCAUCAAUGAAUACCGUGUAACCAGACAAUGGGGACUAUCACUACAGCAUACCUUUACAAUAUCAGUCAAUGAUGUAUCAGUCAUAAAUUACACUGAUACAUCACUCACUCCUUAUACUAACUACUCAUACACUGUAAUGGCUUGUAAUGGUAUUGACUGUGCUACUGGUCCUUCUGCUGCUGCCCUCACACUUGAGGCCCCUCCGACAGAAGUACUCCCUCCAUCCACUAGCCUUGUCGGUGAUGAAUACUCAAUUUCUGUUACUUGGAUGGAGCCUGCUCAGCCUAAUGGAGUGCUUAUUGAAUACAGGAUCAUUAGAUCAGAGCUAGGAUUUGAGGCAAUGGUAGCUGGCCAGUCAAACUGUUGCAAUGAUUAUGUUACUAAUGGUGCUUUGGGCAAUAACUGCACUGUAGUCUCACAGGUGUCUCCUCCAUCAACUAGCCUUACUGAUCUUGAGUUAUCUCCUUACUCUUAUUACCAGUAUUGUGUCAUUGCUGCUACUAAUGGUGGAUCCACUCCUAGUAAUUAUUCGUCUCCUCUCAGAACAGCAGCUGCUAUGCAGCCGCUAACUGGUCCUACCCCAACCGCCAUUCCUUUAAAUGCAACGUCUAUACAUGUCUCAUGGUCUCCUUUGAGUGUUGAUCUGCUAUUGGGCCAAUUAGAGGGUUACUCGUUAACUUAUUAUAGCGAUGGUGGUGAGGCUCUGACAGUAGAUGACAUUGAAGAUGAAAGUUAUACAAUCACUGGACUGGCUGCCAGCACACUUUAUUAUAUAUCAGUCAAUGCCAGUAAUGGACAAGGCACUACCUCUGGGCCUACCAUCAGUGUAACCACAUUGGAUGGAAGACCAGCUGGCGUUAUCCCUCCUAUUGUGAUAUCACUCAAUGCUACCAGUUUAAUUAUUUAUUUUAAUGAACCUCAGACACCUAAUGGAAACAUCAUUCUAUACUCUGUGAUACUUAAUAGUGUUGCUAUACAUAACCAGUCAUAUCCAGGCAGUGUGACAGUGACUGGUUUAAAGCCAUACACAGUCUACACUGCACAACUUGAGGUCUGUACUUCAUUUGGUUGCAAUGAGAGCAGCCUCUCUAGUAACAGGACUCUUGAAGCAGCUCCUGUUGGUUUUGCAUCUCCAGUUGUUACUGUAUUGGAUCCUUACUCUGCUUUCAUUUCGUGGAGUCACCCGCUACAAGAGAAUGGUAUAGUGACGGAGUAUCAAGUCUACCGGAGGAUCAGUGUACCUUGUUCUAAUGGUAACACUGGUACUUGUUACAAUAGUACACUCCUAGUUACUGAAGACAGACAAUCGAUCAAUUAUACUGCAACUGGCCUGACUCCUGCCACUCAGUAUGGUUUCUCCAUAACAGCAGUCAACGGAGGAGGGAGUACUACUAGUGGGUUCACUACAGUCACUACCGAUGAAGCUCCUCCUUCCUUUGUUCUUGCUCCAACAGUGAGUCCAGUAUCAUCCAGUGAGCUGCUAGUAACGUGGGUAGCUCCCCCUGAGUCUAACGGCGUCAUUACUUCUUAUUCUCUUUUUAUUGAUGGUGUGCUUGAGUUUGGGCCCUCUCUGUCCCUCUCUUACGCUGCCUCUUCUCUUGAUCCAUAUUCCCUAUAUUCAUUCACUGUACAAGCUUGUACUAGUCCUGGGUGUACUAACAGUUCCGUCUCCACUGGUAGGACUCUCGAGGCUCCACCUACUGGUUUUGAUGAUCCAGUAAUAUUAGAGACAGCCUCAGAUUCUUUCCUUCUCUCUUGGUUGCCUCCUAGCGAUCUCAAUGCUGCUAGCGUCCAUUAUGAAGUGUAUUAUUCUGAUGAUUCGUUGAUAGUCAAUACAACCCUAACCAGUUAUAACGUCACUGGUCUUCUUCCUUUCACUAACUAUUCCUUAUAUGUUAGUGCAUGUAACAUCGCCGGUUGUACAAUUAGUGAAGUCGUAUCUACACUAACUGACGAGUCUCUUCCUGUGGGUGUGUCUAUAAUGAUGAUUAAUGCUCUCUCGUUUGAUCAAAUUGAAAUGUCCUGGUCUCCACCCACUCAUGCCAACGGUAUCAUAUUAAAUUACGUCUUAAGACGUGACGGGGAUUUAGUGUUUAGUGGAUUAGCUCUCAGUUAUACUGAUACUAAUCUUGUAGGUGGAGUUUCAUACUCGUACACACUAGAGGCUGUUAAUAGUGCUGGUGGAACCACCAGUCAACCCAUCACAAUCACUACGCCAACUUCAAGUCCAACUGGUAUAAAGUCUCCAAAUACAAGAGUCAUCAGUAGCUCAGCCAUAUACGUGGAGUGGGCCGAGCCUGAGAAAGCAAAUGGUAUAAUAUCGUCGUAUCUUGUGUAUGUGAAUGGCAAUCCUGUAUUCAAUGGAUCAUCAUUCAAUCACACAGUAACUGGUCUGUCUCCUUUUACAACAUACUCGAUACGUGUUGAGGUCUGCACUGUACAGGGAGAUUGUGGUAGCAGUCCAUCUGUCAGUAACACUACACUGCAGUCCGUGCCUAGUGGACUGGUAGCACCGACUGUCCAGUCUCUAUCGGAUAGCAGUAUAAUGGUCUCGUGGUCGGCACCAUCGUCCCCUAACGGUAUCAUAAGGUUCUAUAGGAUUAGACGGAGACUAGCUGAGAAUCCUCUAGCUGUUUUAAUUGCGUAUGCCGGUGGUCCUAAUGUCUUUACUGUCACUAAUCAGGGUCUCUCUCCUUUUACACGUUACGAGUAUCAGCUUGUUGUUGUUAAUGAUGCCGGUUCCUCCCUUAGCUCAUGGGCAGAGGUGACAACACUUGAAGCUCUCCCGGCUAAUGUCACUGCUCCUACGUUCUCCGCAGUGUUCCCGUACAAUGUCACUGUCAAUUGGGAGGCUCCCCUUUAUCCUAAUGGCAUAAUAACCCAGUAUCAGGUGUUUUAUAGACAAUUGAUAGGUAGUUUCAUGCUGGCCGAUACUCUUACUGGAGAUACUACCGAGACUGUAGUCACUGGUCUACAGCCUUAUACUCCGUAUGAUUUCAAGAUAAGAGCAAUGAACAGUGCUGGUAGUCAGAAUAGCACCAUUGAGGUAGUGAUCACGUCAGAGGCAGCUCCUGAGAACCUUCAACUGAUUUCUCUCGUGACGAGGACUAGUGAGUCCCUGACAUUGACUUGGUUGCCUCCUCUCAAUCCUAAUGGUGUCAUCAGACAGUAUGCUCUCUUCUUGAAUGGCUCUGAAGAGUAUCGUGGAGUCGUCUCUUAUUAUACCAUCACUCGUUUAAAGUCUUUCACUGGUUACUCUAUACAAUUGGAGGCUUGCACAUCAGCUGGUUGCACAAGAGGCCCCACUCAAGGUUUUACGACAGCAGAGAGUGCACCUGUGGGUCAACCCGCUCCCUCUUUCACGUCACUUACCUCAAGAUCAGUCAGACUCAGUUGGGGCCAGCCCCUGCAGACCAAUGGUAUCAUAAGAUCCUAUGAAGUAUUCAGAAUGCAAGUCAAUGAACUACAACAAGUUAAUGGUACUGGUAAUGCACUCCUGGUAUACAAUACUAAUAAUGUAGCUUCACGAGUAUAUACUGACAGCAGUCUAUCUCCUUACACUGGUUACCAGUAUGCUAUUAGAGCUAAUAACUCUGCUGGUUCAUCCAUCAGCUCAUUUGUGUACAUACAAUCACUUGAGGAUAUACCAGAGGGUGUCACUGGACCAAGUGUCAUUGUACUAGGCACUAGUGACAUUAGAGUGUCCUGGGAUAGACCAGACUAUCCUAAUGGAGUAAUAUCAGUCUAUAAUGUAUAUCGGGCCAGCCCUUCUCUUGUCGCUACUGAAGCAUACUCUGGACUCAAUAGGUUUUUCACAGACACUGGUCUUAGCCCUUAUACAAUGUAUAAUUACACAGUGGAGGCUUGCACUGUUAUAGGUUGUGCUAACAGCUCCUCGGCCUUUAAUGUCACUGAUGAAGCAAUACCCGAAGGAUUCACUGUCCUAGUAUUGAGUGCAAUAUCAAACUCCGUCAUAUCUGUUAGCUGGGAGGCACCAGCAUACCCCAAUGGUAUUAUCACCACAUACAUUGCUAGUAUUACCUCACCUAUCAAUAUAACCAUACCAACUACUUCUACCACUCAGAGAUUCACUAAUCUCCAACCAUUCACCAAUUACACUGUAUCAGUACAAGCAUGUACUGUAAUUGGUUGUACUAGUGUUGGCCCAAGGACUGUACAGACACUAGAGUCCAUACCAUUCCUUAUAGCUAGCCCCGUCCCCUCUCCUCUGAGUCCUACAUCAGUAUCAAUCGUUUGGUCUCCUCCUGCAGUUCCUAAUGGCGUCAUUAUAAGAUAUAUCCUACGUCGCAAUGAGUCUGUUGUUUUUGACGGUAAUAGUCUCUCGUUUACUGACUCUCCCCUCCUACCCAAUCAAGUGUACUCGUACGACAUUCAAGCCUUCACUAGUAUUGGAGGAGGCGAUAGGAGCUCGUUGAGUUUUAUUACCAUGCCUUCUGACACACCCACAGGCAUAGCUCCACCCACUGUAUCAGCCGUAAGCUCAACUGCUAUAUUAGCCAGUUGGACUUCUCCAUCAACUCCUAAUGGAGUCAUACAGAGAUACAUACUGUACUUAAUGGAGGGAGAUACUGAAGUGGUUGCUUAUAACAGCACUGGAAUGAGUCAUCUGGUAACUGGCCUAUCUGUAUAUACCUUGUAUCGGUUUAGAAUUGAAGCAUGUACAACUACAUGUGGUUCUAGUGCUUAUAGUAACGAGACGACACGUGAGGCCGCACCCAUUGGUCAGAACGGCCCCACCUUGCUAGCCUUUGAUAAUGAGACUGUGUUGGUCACAUGGGACCCUCCCACGUCACCUAAUGGGGUCAUUACCUUGUACUCUAUACAAAGACGGCAAGUCCUUGGGGUUAAUUUUUAUGGGACAGUCAUUAGUAUUGCUACACAUCUCUCACCAACGACUCAGCAAUUCUUGGACGAAGACGAAAUACUUGAGCCAGCUCUCACCUUUCAGUAUCGUGUGAGUGUAGCUAACUCAAUCGGGAGCAUUACCAGUGAUUAUGUAGAUGUGACAUUACCUGAUGCACCUCCAGAGGGUGUCUCUGCUCCUGUCCUCGUUAAUAAAACAUUUAGUAUGAUUUCUGUCUCGAUAAAUCCUCCAUCAAAACCCAAUGGACUCAUUACCCAGUAUAUUCUCCACAGCACUAGCUUCUCCUCAAUGACUGUGCUACCAUCCUCGCAAUCAGAGACAGUUUAUUUUGUUGUAUCAGAUCUCAGUCCAUACACAUCUUACAGCAUGUACAUUGAUUCAUGUACUAGUGCAGGGUGCACUUCAAGUGCUAGUAUCAGCGUGAGGACUGAGGAAGACGUGCCCACUGGUCUUGCUCCUCCUGUUCCAACUGUAACGGGUUCAACUAGCAUUAGGUUGGACUGGUCUAGCCCUGUUAAUCCUAAUGGAGAGAUUACUAGUUAUUCCCUUUGGUUCAAGUUACCUUGCCCUCAGCCACAAGUCUAUCCAGUGGCUACCACCUGCUCUGAGACAGACUAUCAGUUCCUUGUCUCUACCUCUCAACUCUCCUACGAGUUCACUGGUCCUCCUCAUCCCCUCCCACUCAGCACAUAUCAGUUCAUACUGCAAGCAGAGAACAGCGUAGGAAGAGUUAACUCAACUGCCUCUGAUACUGCCACAACACUUGACGACUUGCCUGAGGCUAUUAGUACUGUUUCCUUUACUAUCUAUUCUCACAAUCAAUCUGUUGCUCUCAACUGGGCCAGCACGUUUAGACUCAACUCUGUUCUCACUCACUUCAUUGUCAUUAGGGAUGGGUUCUUCCUCCUCCAGGGAACCCAAACAUACGCUGUAUUUGGAAACCAACCUGUGGAAAGAAUGUUGCAGUUUUCAGUUAAAGCAGUGACAGCAAGAGGUGAAGUAACAAGCCCAUCGCUUCCUCUCCUAAUACCAGGACUCAAUACUGCUUCUUCAACUGCCACUACAGCAACAACCAGUACAACUCCAACAGUAAGCGGUACUGAUCCUCCCACUGAUGAUACUCCAGUCUACGAGAGGCUCCCUUUCAUUAUUGGGAUGGUGAUACUUGCACUCAUCAUUUGUUUCGUUGGAUUUCUGGUCCUCUUGUGCUUUAUAAGACCAAAGAACAGAGGAGUGACAGAGAAGUAUGAUAUAUUGAGUGGAGAGUCGAGACAGACCUCACCUGUUCGUGACGACGGGACUGUGAGAGCUAGUUGUGGCCCAAUAUAUGGUGGAUCCAGACUAACACCUUCUCCUAAUUAUAAUGAUACAUUGAAGAGCAGUCCUGAGCAUUAUCAGACCCAAGCUGGCCAUUCCUCCACACGAAUGAAGUCUUACUCUCCAUCCAAAGUGGCCCUGCUCGACCAGAGCUUUGAUGAAGGAGAUAUACCACUGCAAGAUACACACAUUGCAAGACUAUCAAAGAUUGAUCUAUCUCCUGAAAGUAUUUUAGGCCCCCCUCCACCGGGUCCUGAACAGGAUGUGCCCCCCAAUGAUGAUAUUGUCCCAUUGCCCUCAACACAAGACAUAUCACGUGACACUUCAGUAGUUAGUUAUUCACCCAGUCCUCCCCCUCCUCCUCUUACCCCCCUACCAGAAGAUGACGCAUUCAUGGAUACAAAAAUAUAGAGAAUGA